GCUCGAGUUCCCCGCCUUUUCACAACUCGUAGGAUGUUGCUUACGCUACACACUGGAUGUUUUGACAAAUGUACUUGCUUUAUUCGAGAUUAAAUGUAUUCUUACCUGAUUUGACAGAGAAUGUAAUUUGUAAUUGUUGCAAUAAUUCGACAUUGCAACCAUGUUGCUUCCGUCUGACAUGGCGCGUCUCGUUUUAGGAUACCUGCAACAAGAGGGACUGUGUAAUACAAGCCAGGCAUUCAUUCGCGAAAGCUCCAAUUUGAAGGAGUACGCAGAACACAGCUCAGAUGAUGGAACUAUUCCUGCUUGUGUGUUUUCCCUCUUCGGGAAAAACCUGACAACCAUUUUGAAUGAAUAUGUUGCUGUCAAAGCUAAAGAGACCAGUGAAGAGACUCAGAUACCUGUCAUGAUGACAUCAUUGUGGAAAAAGCUUGAUUUCACACUCAAUCAAAUAAAGUCUAUGCAGAACUCCCCAGCUGUUAGCCAGAAUCAAAGACUCCGCACACGUAAUGGGAUCGUGAACAUGAGGGGGCGACAGAAAGCCUUGUCAUCAACCCAGUCCCCCAGCUCUGCGUUUCUGUCAUCGUCAGCCCCUCUGUUGGCCCAGGGCUUUUCCAGCCCCCUCGAUACCCCUCAGAGCAUCUUGGGACACUCAACCCCAGUCUGCUACAGCUCCCAGCUGACCAGACCCUCCCCCAUCUGCAGCACAUCGCCCCAGAUCCAAGAUGGAGGACGUCUACUCAUCAAUGUGAACCGAGAGUCACCUUUGCAAAUAAUGGUUCCAGACAACCGGUUAACACCAGGACCAUUAUCCCCAGGGCGUCGGAAAUGUGACUCCCCCAGGAGGAGAGGUGGGGGCUUCAGUGGGACUGGAAGAACCAACAUGGCGGCCAGUAGCCUGACAGCUGAGCCCCAGAGUGAAGAGACAGUCACAGAGAAUUUCCCUCAAAUGGUGAUACAAAAUGCAAGAGAGAGGAUUCUAAAUGACAAGUCCUUACAAGAGAAGCUUGCUGAAAACAUCAACAAAAUCCUAGCAUGUGAUGGCAGUCCACAGGCUUUAAAGGCAUCAUGCAGCACCAUGGAGCCUGACCAGUCCAUAGAUGAAAUUCUGGGCCUGCAGGGGGAAAUCCAUAUGUCUAAUGAUGUUAUACAAGACAUCUUGGAGCAGACAGAGUCCGACCCAGCCUUCCAGGCUCUCUUUGACCUCUUUGAUUACGGCAAAAGCAAAACCAGUGAGGAUACUGAACAAGGAGCUGGGAAUGUGAGCAAUACCAUCACAGAGAAUGGUGAGACUGAGACUAGAUGUAUUGAUGGCUCUCCUGAGACUGGAGAUUCAGGCACUGGGCCUGAAAAUUCGACACAAGGGCAAGAAACAACAACUAGAGCGACAAAGUCUAGUCAAGAGCCCAGGAGUAAGAAAACAAGGAAAUCUGCACCUCAUGUUUCAAGCACUUCAAAUGCAACUCCUGGACCCAGUACCAGAGGGUCGAGAAGGGGAGCUAGCUCAACAACUCCUGGACCCAGUACCAGAGGGUCGAGAAAGGGAGCUAGCUCAACAACUCCUGGACCCAGUACCAGAGGGUCGAGAAGGGGAGCUAGCUCAACAACUCCUGGACCCAGUACCAGAGGGUCGAGAGGGGGAGCUAGCUCAACAACUCCUGGACCCAGUACCAGAGGGUCGAGAAGGGGAGCUAGCUCAACUGAACCGUCAGCACAUAUCGAUAAACUUACUGUUGCUGCCUUUUCUGCCGCCAAGGACUCUGAUACUGUUGACUCCGGCUCCAUCUUUGAUCAGGAUGGAUCAGGCGUGGAUAUAGAUGAGCCUCUGAAUACUCCUCCCCUUCACAAUAUAGCUCUCCCAGAUCUCUUUGAGCCAGUCAGACAGGAGAGUGGAACAAAUAAUCUGGUGUCAGCAUGCAAUGCAGCUUCAUCUGAAACCAGUAUGGUCUCUGCUGUCAAAAACAUAUUGGGUAAUGAGAACCCCGUGGGGGUUGAUGAUGGACAAGUGAUGGAUAACCAAGCAUCACUUCUUAACUCUUCACCUGGCCUGUCUAAUUCCAUGCCAGCGCUGGAUCAGUCAAACAAGGCUCCCAUACAGGCCUCUAACCUGUGUCACAGGAAUAUGACCCCUCCCAGCAGUGUAGAAAUUUCCCAACCUCUACCACAGACCAUACCCUCUAUGGCUGUCCCAUCAACAGUUAAAACAUCAACCACUCCUGCUGCCCCAACCUUCAUCCCAAACCCCACAGGCAAGGAAGUUGACCCCAGUAAGAUUGUAGCCCUGAAGAUCAUCAUCAGUGAUGAGCAAGGGGAGCCCUCCUGUGACUCAGCCCUGAACCAGGCUGUGUCCAGCAUCACUGGGGACAGGAUCCCCACCAUCUUCCUCUCCUCCCCCACCAAGUCACCUGCUAAGGCCUCGGCCUUCAGUGGCACCCCCAUGGCUCAGGAGGAGACGGUGCAGGCGGUGACCAGUUUACAGAGGACAGAAGUCCUCCAGCCAGCAGAGACUCCUCUUAGUGAGAAAGCAGGGGAUGUGGCAGCAUUGGCAGGGACGUCAUCUGCGUUGACACAACCAGGCUACUACAUUCAGCUGCCCUUUGAUUCAGCCACAUCCACCAACAGCUACAUCUUAGUGACAGACACAACAGCCACAAACCACCAAUCCAACAAGGUGAUGUUACCCAGUGGCGCCCCACAGGUACCGACAGUACCCCCGACCUCAUAUGCUCUGGCCACUCCACCCCGCUAUUCCCCUGGAUCUAGACUCAUUAUAUCUUCACCAGUUCAGCCCAUGCUGCAACACAUGGUGGUUCCUGUAUCUGUUGUUGGGCAGAAUAAUGCAGGACAGUUCUCAAUAGUUCCUAAUCAGUUGAUAGCCAUGCCUAGCCCUGUUUCAGCAAAGCAGCCAGUAGCAGUGAAAACCAAGCCUAAACUGGCACCCAAGGACACCACAGUCUCAGACAAAAUGGGAGCUUCUGGAUCGAAUAUGAUUACAAAGCAGGUUAAGGGGCAGUCCUCUGAAAGCACAGGGCAGCAGAAGGUAGCAGUUGGCUUGAGCCCCAGCCAUAGAAGGAUGCUUUGCUUUGAUGGGUCUGCUAGUAAAACUGCCACUCAGACCAGAAAAACUGCUUUCUCCUCCAAAGCAACACCUACUCCUGUAUCACCUUCUGUCCAACAGUUGGAGAAAGAGAUAACUAAAUUGGCCUCAGCAAAUUCUGCUAUCUUGGGUAGCAGCAGGCCAAAAAGGAGAAUAGAGACUGUAAGAUGCACAGACAACACUCAAACAUCAUGGACCGGAACAGAGACCGAGAAAUCCUCCACUGACCAAAAUCAGAAAGAAGCUGUGAAAAAGACCCCUUCAAAGAGGGACGCAGAUCAAAAUGCUAGAGGUCAAACUGCAAGUACCAGUAGAUUUCAGAGUGCUGGUAGCAGUAAGACUGAUGCCUCACAGUCAGAGUCCAGAAAGAGAUCACAAUCAGCAGACCAGAAGGAUGAUGGUGGAACAGAAUCUAAGGAUGCCCAGAGCUCCAGGUCUUCUUCCUCUGAUCACAGACUGAGAUCAGGGAGCAGGAAAGAAGAGGACACAAGUAGACAAGAGUCUACGGAAAAAUCUCCUGCCAAGGAGUGGGAGGGACAGACCGAGAAAAUUACAUCUUCUCAGGACCCCCCUCAUGUCACUGCCAAUAAGGAGAAUGAGCUGGAGGGAGGCAGGCGAGAGCAGCAGCCCACACCAGCACCAAGAGAGUUCAGCCAGGCCCCAGUGGGCUCACAAACCCCUGUCCCCCAGGCUAGCUCCAGCAAAACCCCCUCCAAGACCAGCCCGCUGACCAAGCAGGCGGCUGAAAUGCUCCACGACAUCCAGGGUCUAAACCCUCCCUCCACCCCUUCUAAGAGGCCAGGCAUGGGCUGUCCGGACCUGCCUCUUCCUCUGACCCCUGGCCGUCUCCAGGAAACUCUAGACUGCCCCAGGACCCCUGCACGUCAGAGGCUAGGCAGGGAUGGAGAGGGCACCCCCAGGCCCCUGGUCCCUCCCGCCACCCCGGACCUUCCCUCCUGCAGCCCAGCCAGUGAGGCAGGGAGUGAAAACAGCAUCAACAUGGCGGCUCACACACUGAUGAUCCUAUCCCGAGCUGCCAUCGCCAGGACAGGCACCCCACUGAAAGACAGCUUGCGCCAGGAGGGGACUGGAACAGUGGCCACUGUAGCUGCCAAGAGCAAGAAGCGCAAGCAGCCCGAGCCCCUGGCCAGCCUGCCAGCAAAGAAAGAUCUCUCCGGUUCAUCUGGUAGUAAGAAGAAAGCAGAGAAACAGCAGAAACUAAUGGAUUCCUUCCCUGAUGACUUGGAUGUGGAUAAGUUCCUGUCUUCACUGCAUUAUGAUGAGUGAUGGGUUGAGUUAUAGCAGUUUGAGUGAGAUGGGAAUCUCCAAACACUACCUACCUACUCUCCAGGAAUAGAACAAGCCAUGAUUAAGUGUCACAUUGCCUAUGGUUAACCCAUCAUGCCUUUUAGGAGUUAGGCAUCUGUGGUCUAGUCCUCAGAUUAGAUUUUUUCUUUGUACUGUCUGCUUGUAGGGUGUGUCCUAUACCCUUGGACCUAACUAAUUAUACAUGUGAUGUAUGAACUGUAUAGUAAUUAUUGUAGAAAUGCUAGAUUGAGAGCACUUUGAUUCCAUGCAAGGACUGUAACGUUAAUGGUUUCCCAAUCUUGUAUCAAUAAUUUCAAGAAAACAACCCUUUCCUUGGUCAAUGUUUGACUGUCUAACCUUUAAAUGAUCCAUCUUGUACACUCUGGCAGCCCAAUUCUGAUCUUUAUUUCACUAAUUGGUCUUUUUACCAAUCACAUCAGAUCUUUUCAUAUUGGCCCUUUUUCAGAGCUGGUCUGAUGGGUAAAAAAAAAAGACCAAUUCGUGGGGGGAAAAAACAGAAUUGGGCUGAAUGUGUAGAUGCAGACUUGGUGUUGUGUGUGUAAAGUAUGUUUCCUUCACUCGUGAUUUUAUAUUAAACUAAAAUUUAAGAAUCUUAA